GUGUGUAUAAAAGCCUGCAUUAUUCAUAGACACUGGGUGUGGGUGUUUUUGGUCUCUGUUGAGGGAAUCCAUGACGGUGGUUAAAGCGGUGGCUCUGUGUGGGUCUCUUCGUAAGGCUUCAUAUAAUCGUGGCCUUAUUCGAGCCGCGGUGGAGAUUUGUAAGGAAUCCAUUGAGCUUGAGGGGAUUGAAAUUGAGUAUCUGGAAGUGGAGCCUUUGCCGAUGCUUAAUACGGAUCUUGAAACUCCGCCCUCAGGUUUUCCGGCGGUGGUUGAGGCUUUCCGGCAGAAGAUCCGUGAUUCCGAUUGUAUUCUCUUUGCCUCUCCUGAGUAUAAUUACUCCAUUGCCGCUCCUUUAAAGAAUGCAAUUGAUUGGGCAUCAAGGCCACCGAACGCGUUCGCCGGGAAGGCGGCAGCGAUAGUGAGUGCCGGCGGCGGGUUCGGCGGCGCGUUGGCACAAUUCCAUCUCCGGCAAGUGGGAGUGUUCUUAGACCUUCACUUUGUGAACAAGCCUGAGCUUCAUGUGAAUGCAUUUCAACCACCGCUCAAAUUCAAUGAAAAUGGCGACUUGAUUGAUCAAGAAACCUACCAGAGGUUGAAACAAGUUCUUCUUUCUCUCAAGAACCUUUCCCUACGCCUCCAGUCCAAUUAAAAAUAAUUAUACCUUGUUUCGCUUUGUUUUGCUAUCUCCAAUUCUUGUGUUUUGAAUAAUAGUAAUGAUGUGCUUUUUCGUCCUCGACGUCUUAGGUCGUAUUUAUAGUUUAAGUUUUGUUUCAAUUUGGUUCUGGUAGUUUUUAUCAUAAAUCUUAUCGAAUGACACAUCUAUCGUUAUGAGUGUUAUUGUUA